AUGAACAGUGGUAUUCUCUUCUUGUCUCUCCUUGGCUUCCUCCCACUUGUGAUACCCAUAUGCCCUAUGCCAUGCAAAUGUGCCACCAACAUUAUUGACUGCACGUCAAAAGGCCUAACUGUCGCAGAACUACCAGUUUCUUUCCGCCCUUCAGCUGAAAUUAUCCACCUUGGUUACAACAGGCUUACCUCUAUUCCCAAUGGGCUCUUUGACAACCUAAAUAGCCUCCAGGUAGUCUACCUGCAGGGCAACCCUUGGGAAUGCAACUGUGACAUCCUCUACUUGCGCUCCUGGCUCCAGUGGCAGCAGAACCGGACCUUAUACAGGGAUGUGAGAUGCACCUCCCCAGCUCACCUGCAGGACCGGAUCAUUGCCUAUCUGACAGAAGACGAGAUCAUCUCCACAUGCCAGUACUGGUACUGCAGCCUGGCUCUCCUCUCUCAGCUCUGUCUCUUCAUUCUCCUUUUUCUCCAAGGUAUCUUGGUUAUCCUCAUCAUGGUCUACCUGCAGAAAUUUCGGAGAGUGACCGCUGAAGCCCGGAGCACCUCCCGAGAUCUACACUAG